UGAACUCCGGGAGUUGGUGAUGGACAGGGAGGCCUGGCAUGCUGCGAUUCAUGGGGUAGCAAAGAGUCGGACACGAUGAGCGACUGAGCUGAACUGAACUGAACUUUGCUCCUAUUUUUCCCUCAGGUGUACAGAUUUCAGGCAGUCAUACUGUUUGGUUCACAUCAUCAACAAGGCCUUUCUUUUUUUUCUUUUUUUCCUACAUUCCAGUUCCCAUUCGUGUUCCUUCCCUCUUCAGAAGCCACUCUAAUGUGUUUGAUAUAUGUCCUUUGAAAAUACAUGUAUCUUUGAAUAAUAUGUAAUAUUGUUUUGUGUAUCUAUGUAUUUUAAACAUACAUAUUUGAUAUUGUGUUCUAGAAAUCAUUGUUUCUUUUUCAUGUUUCUGUAAAUACUUCUAACUAUUGCAUGGUGUUGUCUUAAAUGAUCUCAUACUCUUGGCCACUGGUCCUGGGCCAAGAUGGGCCAACCAGAGUCCCUACCCAGAAUUUUUUUAACUAAAACUAAGAAAAAAAGAAAACCCCCUCCAGUGUGGAAGCCAUAAAAUGCAAAACGCAGGAGCUGCCAGCAGCCACGUGUCCUGCCAUGUGGAACCAGCUGGUCUGCAGUGGAAAGAAUGAAGCCGACAGGCAGAAAGCAGCAGAGAACCAUGUGUGAUCAGUACUGCAUCUCCUUUGCUGAUGUUGAAAAAGCUCAUAUCAACAUUCGAGAUUUUAUUCACCUCACACCAGUACUAACAAGUUCCAUUUUGAAUCAAAUAACAGGACGUAAUCUUUUCUUCAAAUGUGAACUCUUCCAGAAAACUGGAUCUUUUAAGAUUCGUGGUGCCCUUAAUGCAAUCAGAGGCCUGAUUUCUGCCCAUCCAGAAGAGAAGCCCAGAGCUGUUGUUACUCACAGCAGCGGAAACCAUGGCCAGGCUCUCUCCUUUGCUGCCAGAUUGGAAGGGAUUCCUGCUUAUGUCAUAGUGCCGGAAACAGCUCCCAACUGUAAAAAACUGGCAAUACAAGCCUAUGGAGCCUCUAUAGUAUACAGUGAACAGAGCGAAGAGUCCAGAGAAAAUAUUACAAAGAGAAUUGCGGAAGAAACAGAAGGCAUUAUGGUACAUCCCAACCAGGAGCCUGCAGUGAUAGCUGGGCAAGGGACAAUUGCCAUGGAAGUGCUAAACCAGGUUCCCUUGGUAGACGCACUGGUGGUACCUGUAGGAGGAGGAGGAAUGCUUGCUGGAAUAGCCAUUACAGUGAAGGCUCUGAGACCCAGUGUGAAGGUAUAUGCUGCUGAACCCUUGAAUGCAGAUGACUGCUACCAGUCCAAACUGAAAGGGGAACUGACCCCCAACCCCUAUCCUCCGGAAACCAUAGCAGAUGGUAUCAAAUCCAGCAUUGGCUUAAACACCUGGCCUAUUAUAAGAGACCUCGUGGAUGAUGUCUUCACUGUCACAGAGGAUGAAAUUAAGUAUGCAACCCAGCUGGUGUGGGAGAGGAUGAAAUUGCUUAUUGAACCUACAGCUGGUGUUGGAGUGGCCGUUGUGCUGUCUCAGCAUUUUCGAACAGUUCCUGCAGAAGUAAAGAACAUCUGUAUUGUGCUCAGUGGUGGAAAUGUAGACUUAACCUCCCUAACUUGGGUGAAGAAGCAGGAUGAAAAGGCAGCUCCUUAGCAAUCUGUUUCUGUUUAAUAUGUGCAAAAGGAAGAAAAGGGACUCAAGUGUCUAUCUAGACACUUGGAAAUUUUGUCUCCUCGUUAUUGUCAAGUUCCUAUCUUCCUCUCUAAAACAGCGUUCAAAACCCUA